GGGGCCGGGGCGGGCGCGGGGCGGGUCGGCGCCUUUGUGUGAGCCGGGCCGGGAUGGUGCGGGGCGCCGGGCGGUGCCCCUUGCCCUGCCAGUUCCUGCUCCCGCCACGGAUGAAAGCGUGAAGGCCGAGCUGACCAGGAGAAGGGAACUCUUAAGCAGCUGCUAAGAUGGGCAUGAGGAUCAAGCUGCACAGCACCAACCACCCCAACAACCUGCUGAAGGAACUCAACAAGUGCCGGCUGUCCGAGACCAUGUGCGACGUCACCAUCCUGGUGGGCUCCCGCUCCUUCGCCGCGCACAAGGCCGUGCUGGCCUGUGCUGCUGGCUACUUCCAGAACCUCUUCCUCAACACGGGGCUGGACGCUGCCAGGACCUACGUGGUGGAUUUCAUCACGCCAGCCAACUUUGAGAAGAUCCUGAGCUUCGUGUACACCUCGGAGCUCUUCACCGACCUCAUCAACGUGGGUGUCAUCUACGAGGUGGCGGAGAGGCUGGGCAUGGAGGAUCUGCUGCAGGCUUGUCACUCCACCUUUCCUGACCUGGAGAGCUCGGCCAUCACCAAGCAGCCUGCCCUGGCUGUGGGGGAAGGCCGGGCUGGGGCGCUGAGCAGCACCUCCUCGGAGCAGAGCCACUCUUUGGGAGACAUGCGGAGUGGUGCGGAGCACUUCGGCCCCGAGCGGAGUUUCCUCCUGCACGGGGACAUGGCAGGCAGCUACAAAGAGGAUGACAGGAAUCCUGUGGGUGAGGCCAGCCAGGCUCUUCCCCUGAUGCACCCACAGCAGCCUCCUAAGGCAGAGCAGGAGUCGGAUCCAGGGCAGUUUGCUCCUGUCGCGGGUCUGGGGGUCCAGCAAGGUGGGAAUGUCAUGGCACAGAGCACCGGCAGCUCCUGCCCUCAGUACAAGGCCCAGAGCAAUGGUGACUACAGCAAGGGCAGCUUCUUCCCCACUGACCCCUCCCUGGAUGUGUCCACAGGGAGCAACUCCUGCCCCAGCAACAGCGACCACUCCAAAGAGCAGGGAUUCGAGCAGAUGGAUGAGCUCCAGCUGGAGGAUUUGGGAGAGGCCGAGCUGCAUUUUGAGGAUGCUGGAGAAGAGCUGGUCCCGUCUGAGGAAGUGAUUGAGCUGAGUGAUGACAGCGAGGAGGAGCUGGCCUUCGAGAGCGACAGCCGGGACAGCAAGGCCAUGCCCUGCCAGGUGUGCAAGAAGGUGCUGGAGCCCAACAUCCAGCUGAUCCGCCAGCACGCCAGGGACCACGUGGACCUGCUCACGGGGAACUGCAAAGUGUGUGAGGCCCACUUCCAGGACCGCAACUCCAGGGUCAUUCACAUGCUGUCCCACAUCGGCAUCUUCCUCUUCUCCUGCGACAUGUGCGAGACCAAGUUCUUCAUGCAGUGGCAGCUGACGCUGCACCGGCGGGACGGGGUGUUCGACAACAACGUCAUCGUCCACCCCAGUGACCCCCUGCCGGGGAAGGUGGCUGUGUUUGGGGCAGGGCCCAGCCCUGAGCUGGCCUGUGCUGCCUGCGGGAAGCCUUUGGCCAAAGAUUUCCACACGGUGCGGAGCCACCUGCUGGAGCACGUGAACCUGAAGAGCCAGACGUGCGGCGUGUGCGACCAGCGGCACCUGAGCCCCUGCAGCCUGAUGUGGCACGCCCUGUCCCACCUGGGCAUCUCCGUCUUCUCCUGCUCCGUCUGCGCCAGCAGCUUCGUGGACCGGCAGCUGCUGGAGAAGCACCUGGCCGUGCACCAGCACGAGGAGGAGGCUCUUUUCCAGUGCCACUUCUGCAGCCAGAGCUUCAAGCUGGAAGCUGCCUAUCGCUACCACGUCAGCCAGCACAAAUGCGGGGGCAGCCUGGACGUGCGGGCGGGGUUCGGGGAGCGCCUGCAGCCUCAAGGGCUGCCCAAGAGGAAACUGCCCGAGGAGUUCCUGAGCGAAGAGCUGGCGCUGCAGAACCAGCCAGGAAACAGCAAGUACAGCUGCAAGGUGUGUGGUAAAAGGUUUGCCCACACCAGCGAGUUCAACUACCACCGGCGCAUCCACACCGGGGAGAAGCCGUACCAGUGCAAGGUGUGCCACAAGUUCUUCCGAGGGCGCUCCACCAUCAAGUGCCACCUGCGGACGCACUCGGGGGCCCUCAUGUAUCGCUGCACCGUGUGCGGCCACUACAGCUCCACGCUCAACCUGAUGAGCAAGCACAUAGGGGUGCACAAGGGCAGCCUGCCCCCCGAUUUCACCAUCGAGCAGACUUUCAUGUACAUCAUCCAUUCCAAAGAGGCGGAGAAAAACACGGAUAGCUGAUGGGGCAGGGCCGUGGUGUUAAUGGAGGAAGCUGUGGAGGAAAAAAAAAAGGUGUUGUUUCGUUUUAUUUAAUGGUCAGGCGUCAUGGAUGGGAUGGAAUUCUUUUUUGGUUUUGGUUUAAUUUUAUUUUUUUUUUUAAUUUUUUUGGGGCCUUCCUAAGGCUUUUUAGAUUGGUGGCGUUGUACAAAUUAACAGCACGUGAGGUACAUCACUGUUUCAAGGAGUCUGUCGUGUUUACUUACCUCUGGUCCUGUUAGAGGCCAUCGAGUUCUGUGCUUUUAGCAUUUCUCACUAGUUUUUGAGCCUAGAUUCUAUUUUUUUUUUUAACCCUUUAGCCCACUUGACCAGGCUAACCCUGAGCUUGUCCACAAACUGAUGCUGCUAAGAUUUUCACACCUGACCUCAGUGGAGAGGGACAGAGCCAGAACAGGUGCUGGACUCGAAGAAAAGGAGCAAAAGAGAAAGGAAAAAAAAAAAGGAAAAAGACAUUCUGGGUGUUCUGCUGCUACUGCCAGGAGACAGGCAAAGUGUGCUCUGGAAUCAACCAUUGCUGCGUUGCUGGGAAGAGGAGCAGGAAGAACCUGAGUGUGUAAACAAGGAGAGAUCCCAGCAGGGAACCAGGAGCAGGGAAUUCACAGUGGCUGGGACUCACUCUGCCCUGAGAGCUGGAGGAGGAGAUGAAGGAGCCGCACAAUGUCCCUGCAGAGCCCGGGAGGAGGUGGCUGUGUGUUCUCCCACAGGACUGCAGAGGGAGGGAAGCAGAUCCCUGCUCCCUGGGAGGGUUUUCGUGGCCAUGGGGAUCCAGGAGUCUCCUGGCUCUGCUCUGCCCCAGCAGACGAGUCAGGAUGAAGCUGUUGCCUUAACUCCCUGGAAGGAGGAGGGACCUUUCUCCUACCAGAGGGAUCCCCUCUCCCAGCCCUGGAUUGCCACGUCCUGGUUGUGUUCCAGUGGCAGAUGUGGUUGGAAUGAUGUGAUUUGUUCAUGGAGUGGGAGCCACAGUGGUGGUUUGGCCUCUCAGGCUCUGUGCUGGGCACUUCUGGGGGCUCUCCUGGGUGUGGGGGUCCCUCCUGGCCAUGGAGGGGCUCUGCUGGCCACGGGUGUCUCUCCCUCUCUGUGUUUUGGUGGCCCCUGGUGCAGGAGGCUCUUCUGGGCAUGGGGAGCUCUGCUGGGCGUGUGUCAGGCUCUCCUGGGCACAGGGAGCUCUCCUGGCCCUGUGUCAGCUCCUCCUCAUCAUGGGGGUCUCUCCUGGGCACUCCUGGGGGUCUCUCCUGGCCACCCUGGCGAGGUCAGCUGGUGCCAGCAGUAUUAACACUGGGAAGGGCAUGGAUCAGCUUCUCCCCCGUGUUAUCCAGCUGUGGGGCAGAGGUGGGGGAGGAACAGAUGUUUCCAAGCUGGGACUGCCCUCGGGUAACUCAUUCUACCUCACAAACCAGGAAGUGCUGGGGGCUCGGCGGUCGUGGCUCGGCUCCUGCGCUUCUGUCAAGUUUUGCUGUUACAAAACUGAACUAAACUGAACUAAACUAGUGAUUUGCAAAGCCUGGAAACUUCACCCCACUGAGGGCCACCCAGGAAGGGCCAUCCUGCAGUGGGGGCUGGACUCUGAGAGCUCAGAGCACCCCGGGGUCUCUCUGCUGGCUCUGCUGUGGCCUUGGGCAGGUCACUUCACCUCUUUGCCUCAGUUUCCUCAUCUGUAAAAUGAGGGUGGUACCUCCCGUGGUACCGAGCUACCUCCGGGAGUGGGAGGGUGCUGGAGCCUGGCUUUGGGGGGAGGGAGGCACCAGAGCCAAGGGCAGCUCUGGGUGCUCUGGUGACUCCUGAACUCUGGCCUGGAGGUCCUGGGAUGGCUGUGUUGAGCUGUGCUGGGUUUUACAAGAGAAAAGGUGAUUUUGGGAAUGGUGUGGUUGCUCUGGGAAAUGUGGGGGCUUUGCUGUGAGCUCCUCUGAGCUGCUCUCUGUGUUCCAGGGUUUUUGUCGUGGAAUUGUGGGAGGGAUGAGGCUGGAAGGGACCUUUGGGGGUCACCCAGUGCCACCCUCUGCAGAGUCCCCUCAAGCACUCAGGGCUGUGCCUGGCUGGGGACAGGGACAGGGAUGGGCACCACCUGCACUGCUCUGGAGGUGGCUGUGAGGGAUAGACAAGGCUGGGAGAGCUUUGAGACCCUCCUGGAAUGUUCCAGAAGCCGUGCUGAGCUUCAGGGAGGGUCUGCAGCCCUGGAUCUCACUAAGCUGAAAAGCAAAAGCCUUUUGUGCACAUAAACCAAAAAGAGAAGCUUUUACACUGAAAUACCAACGGGCACAGCCAGCCCUCACUCCUGGCCCUUGGGGGGGAAAGCAGGAGCCCCCUGCUUGCUGCUGCCUCUGAUCCAGGGAAAUUCUGUUUGCCUGGGUUGAAAGGGAUCAUUCCCACAUGGAACACCCCAAAAUCAGCAGCAGAGGGGAUGCAGGGAUGGGUGUGGACCUGCUGCUGCUGCUCCUGGGGGUGAUUCCCAGAGGGGUCAGAGACCUGAGUGCUCCCCCCAGGAGGGUCCUGGGUGUUCCUGAGCCUUCAGGGCUUGGCAGGGGUGUCACCCCUGUCCCUGUGUCCCAGCCUGGCUGGGAGCUCCAGAUGGGUGUUGGGAGAGCCAGAGCAGCUGCUCUGUGCCAGAUUUGGUUCCUUCACCACCACCCUGGGCAAACCUGGCUCCCUCCCACCCCUGUGGGGCUGUGGGGACACCCACCUACCUCCCCUGAGGUGUUUGCAAAGUGCUUUGGGAUCCUGGGCUAGGAGAGGGAGUUGCAGAAGGGAAAUUCUGGCAGCAUCCAGGUCAUGGAGCCUCCUGUGGAUCCCAGAUGGGAAUCCCCGCUGAGGACCCUGCUCCAAGCCCAGGCUCACUCCCAUCCCAACACAAAAUCCAUUUUCCCUGCUCUCAGUGGAUCCAGGUCUCUCAUCAGAGUAACUGAGCAGAAGAAGAAAGAACAAGAGUUGAACUUGUGUCUAACCUUUUCAUUAAGUUAAUCGUAGGUACUGACCUCCUGCUAUUUAAGUGUUUACUAUCUAUUUGCUGUAAAGUUUUGUAUAUUUUGUAAACUUUCCCCCCCUCCCCCAAAUCGUAGAUGUCUAAAAUCGUUGUACAUCGGGUUCUUUUCUACUCCAUUGUUCAGCACAAAGUGUGUUUUUUAUUUAGAAUAAUAAAAUGGAAAACAUUGA